GGAAGCAUCCAGCAGGAGUAACUGCAGCGCAGAGCCGAAGUGUAUUUUUAGUAGCAAUAGCUUUUUCUGUUUUAUUCAAAACAACACGUUUAUUUAUUUUAUUUCAUUUUAUUUCAUUUUUUAAUGAUGGUGCUACCGCUCCAGUGAAUACAGGUAGAGACCACAGCGAAGACGCCUUUUGUUUACCUUCCUCCUGCUGACAGCGCGUAAACAAGGCAGGCGUGAAUGACCGACGUGGUGCCCUCCACUGCGCUCAGCGAGAUCAAGCUUCGUCUGCUAUGUUGCGAUGACAUAGACACUGUCAAGCACCUCUGCAGUGACUGGUUCCCAAUUGAGUAUCCAGACUCAUGGUAUCGGGACAUCACUUCCAACAAGAAGUUCUUCUCCCUGUCCGCCACGCACAGGGGCAGCAUCGUGGGAAUGAUAGUGGCUGAAAUAAAAGGCAGAACGAAAGUACACAAAGAGGAUGGAGACAUUCUGGCCUCCAGCUUCCCUGUUGAUACGCAGGUCGCUUACAUAUUAAGUUUAGGAGUUAUAAAGGAAUUUAGGAAACAUGGGAUAGGUUCUCUCUUACUAGACAGUCUGAAAGAGCAUAUAUCUACCAUGGCUCAGGAUCACUGCAAAGCGAUCUACCUGCAUGUCCUCACUACCAACAACACAGCCAUUCACUUCUAUGAAAACAGAGACUUUAGACAGCACCACUACUUGCCUUAUUACUACUCAAUACGGGGGGUGCUGAAAGAUGGCUUUACGUACGUUCUGUAUAUCAACGGGGGACAUCCUCCCUGGACAAUCUUUGACUAUAUUCAGCAUAUAGGAUCCACUUUAGCGAAUCUCAGCCCCUGUUCCAUUCCCCAGAGGAUAUACCGUCAAGCACAGAGCCUUCUUCGUAGUUUUUUACCCUGGUCAGGAAUUUCCGCGAAGAGCGGUAUAGAGUACAGCCGGACGAUGUGAGGGGGGGACUGAAACAGGUCUGAAGGGGGGCUGUAUUAAGUUGUGGAAUAUUGCUCUUCGCGUGCGGAUGGGUAUUGCUGUGACCUCCAGCCACCUCCACUCCACAGUGGGACGCGGUGCUGACUGUGAUUUCUAACAAAGGGCAGUCCCUCUCGCAGACUGAAUGCAUUAUAUAUGUACAUACUCACUCACACACACAUACACACGCACAGUCUCGCCGUCGCUGGCUUUAGCUGGCUGUGUCCGCCGCCCUCGACGCACCUGUAAUUUGCUGCUAUGUAGAGAACUUGAGUGUGUGUCUUGUCCAUAGAUUCUUAAUGAAGUUGUACAUUUUUAUAUGUGCGUCUGUAUCUGUUAGGGUUGGAAUCUGACGAGUAGCAGCAUUCUCUCUCAAUGCAUCUGAACAGUGUGCACAGCAUAGGAACAAGCAACCUUCAUAUUCUGCAUCUACAGUAUAGACAAAUGCAAUAGGAACAGGUAAUCUUCAUGUUCUGCAUCUACAGUAUAGACAAAUGCAAUAGGAACAGGUAAUCUUCAUGUUCUGCAUCUACAGUAUAGACAAAUGCAUGCACAUCCUUUAGAUGUCUUUAAAACACAAUGUUUCCAAACCUCAGUAUGUUUACAUGUUUUUUUCCCCUCAAAAAAACAGGUGAAAUCGACAGACCCAUAAGAUGUUGUCAUUUUGUGAUUUUAUGCAUGUUUAUCUAGUUUUAAAUUAGACAAAAAAAAUGACGCAAUUGUUUUGAUGAAUUUAUGCAGAACUCUAUUGCUGAAUUUUAAACUUUGCUUCUCAAAUUAUAAUUAUCAGUCUGGGAGGGUUCCAGUUUAUGUAUAAUGUGUACAUUUUAAAUAUCUGAAAUAGAGAGUUUUAACAGAAAGCAGCCUGGAGAAAUUCACAGCAAAACCGCUUUCUGAAUACCUGAGGCGUUGGUGCAGAAUGGUAAGACACAAACCUGUACCAAACACUAAUCUACUGCGAUAAAACAGACAAGUGAGCCUUUCUGUAUCGUUUUAAAGCUUUGGUCGACACAGUUGUCUUUUCUCAAGUCAAGGGUUACACAUCAAGGACAAUCAUUGAACAUCAGUUUAAUGAUCUUUUAGGGUUAUGUGGGGAAAGUUCUUCCAGGUCUGUAUUAAGGGGGUUCAGUCAUAUUUCAGGUGAUGAAGCUGUAACUCUCGUGAGGGUUUCAUGGGUUCAGUCAUAUUUCAGUUGCUUAUUUAUUUCUCAAAUGAAAAUGAGUUGCUUGGUAGAGCAAGGCAGCCAGCCAGCCAGCUGGUACUGGAACCCUUAGAAACGCUUGCUACAGUGUUUGCAGUUUUGCCAUGUCUUGUCCUCUGGUUAUACUAUGCAUUCACACACAGUGUGUCCCGGUUUGCCAUG